AUGACACGAAAAAGUUCGUCGGUAGCAUCAUCACCGUCGAAUUCAUUUGAUAAUGCAAGUACAACAAGUCGAUUUGUAUGUUCAAUGUGUUCAAAAGUAUAUCGAUCAGGUGCUGGAUUACGUUAUCAUAAACGAAAACGACAUCGUGGCAUGGUCGAACCAACAGCACUUCAUCGAGUCAAAUGUCAAGAAUUUGGUUGUACAUAUCAGAUGUUAGCUAUUUCUGAUCUUCGAAAUCAUCUUUCUAAUCAUCAUCAAAAACCUGAAUAUAAAUGUACAGAAGAAAAAAAAUUCACAAGUCUUGCAGAUUUUACUGAUUGGAAAUCUUCAUUUGAAAGUAGUACCGGUUCAAAAUAUGUGAAAAAUUGUGGUGCCAAAGGAAAAUCUGACAAUCAAACAACAGAAUAUUACUAUUGUAAUCGAACAGGACCGUUUGGCCAAGGUCUACGUCGUAAUAAAGUUCAAGGAUCAUUACGUGGUGGUAUUCAUUGUACAUCAUCAAUGAAAGUUGAAAUACAAAAUGAUGAACAUAUUACUGUUCAAUAUUAUCCAGCACAUUAUGGACAUUCAAAUUUACCAGCAACAGAUGAUCCACAUUUAUCUGAAAAUAGUAUGAAUAUAACCGGUGUUAAUGUACAUCAUCAUCAACAACAACAAUCGCAACAACUACAACAGCAGCAACAACAACAGCAGCAACAACACCAUCAACAUCAACAACAACAACAACAACAGCUGGAUAAUUCUCAUAAUGGUGGUGAUCGUUCGUCUUCAUCAUCGCCUGGUUCAUUAUCAACAAGUCCAUCUGGUGGUUCGAAUUCGAAUUCCAAUCAUCCACCAGUAAUGACUGAAAGACAAUCAAUUACAACAACAAAUUCUUUUCCAAAAAAUCCUAAUAAUAAUAAUAAUCAUAAUCAUAAUCAUUCUCUACAAAAUCAAAUGUCUCAUUGUAUUAUAAUAUCACCAUCGUUUAUGGUUGAAGAAAAUUCUUCAAUACAUUCAAAUAAUCAUCAUCAUACACCUGUAUUUGUUGUUCAACAACAUUUACCAACAUCACCGAAUACUAUGAUGACUCCUCCAACAAAUUUACCAAUUAAAAAAGAAAAAUGUGUAUCAGAUAUCAUGCAUGAAGCAUUUCAACUUUUAUCUUAUUGGCCAUUGGAUCAUUAUCAUGGUUUAUUAGCAUCAGAGACUGAACAACAAAUUUCUCAUUCUCGUUUCAAUAUGGAUGAACAUCUUAUGUUCUAA